AUGGAACAGAUUGACCGCCGAAGUCUCGAGCGGACACAGUACCGCAUGUUGAUGACUCUGUGGGAGCAGUUGGAGCUCCAGUCGCCCGGCACGCUAGACGACGCCACGCUCAAUGACCUCGGCGUUAUGGAGCACGAGGAUGAAAUACACCCCAUCAAUAUCUACAAGGGAGUCAAUCAGGAAGAUAUGAGUUUUAGAUCCCCGAUGGGCGACUGCCCUGACAAGGCGGGGCUGUACUUGACCGGACACUACCUGUUGCCGAUCGCGGCCAACACACCGCAUCUGGGAAUCACAAUGCUCAACCCGACCGUGGCCCCAGAAGGCAGAAUGCUCGAGAGCGAGCUCAAGGCCGCCGUCGCCUGCCUGUGGGCGCAGACCCGCUCCAAAGAAUUCACCGACCACCACACCAAGCCCGUCCUCAUCUUCACCUUCCAACUCGAAACCCAAGCCCGCAUCACCCAAGCUCACAUGGACCCCAAGACACACACCAUCAUCCUGCGCCAGUCGCGGCAGCUCGACCUGGGCGGCGCCCCGGGCGUGCCGCCCCCCGACGCCCUCCUGCUCAUCCGCUGGCUCCUCAACUCGCCUGUGGGCGCUACCAGGUAUGAGGACGGGGACGGGGACGGGGAGCUGCCUGGUGGGGAUGAGGCUGCUACUUAG